AUGGUCUCUCCUUCUCCCUCGGUGACAACACACACGAGUCUCUCUCCCUCUCUUCCCACCGCACUGCACCGCCGAGCUUCUCUCCGUCACAGCGCCGCCGUACAUGCAUCACCACCAUCAAGACCACUUCUCGAACAGUUGGAGAUUAAGCUCAGACUUGAUUACUGUUUUUGUACAGGCGGCAAUUUCAACGGUCUAGAUGCCCCGUGUGCCCGAACGAGUUUCGGGUUUGUUUCACUCAUGGAAAACGUGGAGUUCUACCAGACCGACUGCGAGUCUCUCUGGUGUCAGAUCAAACACCAAGAGAAGCAGAUCCAACUCAAACGCAGGUGGUUGUUGGGUACUCCUCUCUCUGAAUCCGAGCAGAAGCAGUUCGAAGAUUUCGGACGAGAUUUACUCCCGGAAUCGUUGCUCAGGGAAGAUGAUAUGUUUUAUGAGAAUGUAAAGUCUGCUGUUCAAGCCGCCUAUGGAGCGUGCAAUGUUGAAGGAGAGAAUCAAGUGUUUGGAGAUAGUAUUGUAAUGCCCGGCAGGAAAAGUGUAUCCAGAGCCUUGUUAUCAUGUCUUGAUGAUUUGACCACUAAGGGGCUUCAUGUUGUAGCUACUACACUUACACGAGGUUCGGUCAAGUUUGAGGAAACUCGGUGGGAGAUGAAAAAGAUUAUUAAAGAAUCUCUGGGAAAGAAGUUUGAUGAUGAAGCAGGUGUUUUUAAACGACUACUGCAACAUCUUAGUGACCCACAGCAUUUUCGAGAUAAGUUUGUUACAGUUAUGUCUUCCACAUCGCAGGCUCAUGUCAGAAAGGUACUGGAUGGACUUCAGGACUUGCCUGAUGAGGCCCUAAUUGCAAUGCACAGAAAGCUUAUAGGAGGAGAACAACAUGUACCAAGGUUAAAGAGUGAGAGAUGCAAAAUAAGCAAUUUGAUUGCUAAAUUGCGGAAAACCUGUGAGAAGAUGCUUUCCGAACUUGGUCCAGGUGAUGAACUGCAGGUAUCACUGGCCAAAGCCAUGACUGUAGCAGGCCUAUCAGUGAAGUUACGACCAGGUUCCCGUAAUUCCACUGCAACAGAAUUUCACCAAGUCUCGCAAGAGAUAAAGAUACUACAGGAUGAUAUUGCAAGUGCUAUUUGGCUGGUUAGUUUUAAAUCAAAAGUUAGUGUGCCAGAGCUCGAAUACCUGAAGACUCUAUUAGAUCGAGAUGCUAAGGUAUCAAAGAGGAGUUUACGAUAUGCAAUUAGGAAGAUGCUAACUGAAUAUCUUUUCGAGUGUAGUGAUAUGGAUACAAUUCCAGAGUCAUUAUCAAAAGCUGUUGAUAUUAUCAACAAGAAGUCAGGAAAGAAGCUGCAUAGACCCAAUUUAAAUGAUGAAAUUGAUGCAGAAGUGGAAUGUAUACUGAAUGUGAGUGCUCAGACAAAACAGAUUGUAUGGAAUAUGUUUCCUGACCAUGAGUUAGAUCUUGACUUCACUGACGCAUAUGUCGAGGAAAUGGAGGAUGAGGACGAUGAUGAGGAUGGUAGUGAUGAUGAUGAUGAUGAGAACCAUAUUCAAGGUUCACCGCAGGAACAAAGAACAUUUGAAAGUGACAAUUCUCACUCUGAUGGUUCACUUUAUGACGAUGAGAGUAUUGGGGAGUCAACACCGUGUACUUCCAACCUGUCUACAACUUCCAAAAGUGGCCGUAAUCCUCCUGGUGGUAACAGUGUCUUUGUUGAGGAGGUUGAAACAUUGUUCUCCAAUCAAGGAAUUUCUGGGGGCUCCAAUGAUAUUAAAAGAGGGUUUAAUGGCACUUCUACUGAGAGACAUGAACAAGAAGAUAACAGUGGAAUGGAUACACAAGACCCAUUUCAUGUUGAGCCAGAUGUUGUGCAUAAACAAACCACUUGCAACCAAUACCUUGCAAUUCAAAAAGUGUGUGAUGAGACAAGUAUGGUAGCCUAUGAUCUUGUUGGCCACAUGUUGGAAGAGUUUGCACAGACAGAAGGCUUGGAUAUAGACUGUGAUGAUACUUUAUAUUUCAAAGGUGACUGUGCAACUGAAGAAGAUUCCGAAGGGCUAGGAGGAGAGCAGACAUCAUCUCAGGAGAGCGGAGGUGGUUCUGUAAUUGUUAAUGUAAUUAAGGAUCUAAUACCUUCAUUUCCAAAGAGUGGAAUCGAAGCAGUAAGGAACUUGGUUGGGUAAAUAAUUGUAUCAGGCAACGUUCAAGCUUGUUACUACUGUGUUUCUCUUUCCUGAGAACCAGUGGACACAUUUCAGUCACUGUUUCAGUUGAGUUCGAAAUUUGAUGAUGAGGCAAAGUAUGCAGUGUGGUCUUCUAAAUAUGCUGCCACCCAAGUCAUAUAUACAUGAGAUUUUGUCCUUGGCUUUCCAUUAACAAGACAAGUCUUAACCAUCAUAUUAUACCAGUGUCAGUUUGUUCCCACAUUGUGCGCGCAGGCAGUCAAAGUCUUCCAUUGAGUCAUUCACUCAUUGGAACUUCCAAUCUACAAGUUACAUGUUCCCUUCUACGGUAUGCAGGCAUCUCAUCAUAAAUUCCGGGUGUAACCGCAACAAGGCUGCUGAAUCAACGAGGAACAUAUAAAAAAAGCAGCUGUCCAGGUAAACCAGGUCCAAUAUAUGCAAGAGUAAUAAAUUAAGCAAGCGAACUGGUGUAAGCAUCCACCACUGUCAGCAAGAAUCACAUUCUAAGCAAAAGGAGGCCUGUAGAAUGAUACGAUCAUGUGGAAAAGAAAACCAGAAUCACAUUCCAAACGAGGAGACCUGUAGAAAAGGAUGAUACAAUUAUGUGGAAAAGAAAACCAUAGAUGGGUUUAGACCUUAGAUUUCCAUUGAAAUGGAGUUAAUGGUUUAAGGUUUAAGGUUUAGAGUUCCAUUGAAAUGUAAGCAUCCACCACAUUUAUCUUCCUCUCUGAAGACCCCAAAACACAAUGGCCAAGUGCAAAGAUCAAAUUACAAGCGCU